AUGAAUCCUUUCGGCGCCGGCGGCUAUGUCAACUUCGAACUAACAAUCAGCACGGACAACACGGUGGUCAUGCGUCCGCCGUUGCCUACCACGGAUUACAGUACUCCUCGAAUCAGUGUCAAAGGUAUUUAACUUGAAAUUGUAGACGGCUCCGAUUUUCUUGGAAGCAUACCAACAUGCUGCCCAAAAUCCACGGCGAAGUUAUUCCCCAAAUUAUCAAGGUGAGUCAGAUUUACGGCCGGCUUCAUGCUCGCUUGUGGAAUCGUCACGACCUUCAACUGAAGGCCAAACUGAGGGUGUACAAGGCCGUCGUGUUGACAGCACUCCAAAACGGCGCGGAAACCUGAACCGUUUACUCGUAUUAAGUCAGGAAGCUGGAUCACUUCCAUUUCAGCUGCGUCCGCAGAAUACUACAGCUGAGAUUGCUGGAUGGGAGCCUGACACGGGAGUCAUGGAAGGGACCGGAAUCUCCGGCAUCUGUCCAGGGCGGACCAGCCUGGAGAAGAACACUGAAGUCUGACGCAGCAAGCUACGAAACAAACCGGACAGACGCUUUCAAAGCCUGAACGGUGGCUCGAAAUUCGCCAGGGCCUUGGAUCCACGAUACAAACACCCGGCCCCUUCCAACAUCUCCUAGCGCGAAUCAUCCUCAUUGGGCACCUCUGGGCCAAAUGCAAGAACGGACAUGCAGGUCCCGGUGCUGCCUCCGCAGACGCCUCCAUCGGCACUACCAUAAAUGGCCAAGUGCAGCAGCAUCCCGGCACCCUCGGCCGACGAAAUCACGAACACCGUAUCUUCAGCCAAAUCCCAACCCCCACGGCGUCCACGACAACAGCCACCGCCACCGGUGAUCACACUCCUGACGCUCACCGGCCUCGGCCGCCGGCGUCAACCUCCUUGCCGCAACACCCGAGUCGAUCACGGCGCGGCGGCGGCGACCACCAGCACCAUAAAAAGAUGCCUACUUCCCUCUCCCCACCAUCACUGAGACCAUUUCCAAUAUCCGGUCGGCUACUACUCUCGCUACCUCCACCAGCACCACCAAUAAUGGAAACUUGA